AAAUCUAAAUCCUAAUAUCCAUUAAACCCAGAAGAAACAUUUGCAGAUUCAGUUCUCCCACCAAAUUGCUUCGCUGAUGCAUUCGCAUUAGGGUUUUCUCUCGCCACUCAAAUCUUUUCGUUUUCUCCCAGAUCUCGUCUUCUUUGUUCUUUCUUUCUUGUUCUUUCCCGUUGCUAAGGCAAAAUUUCUCGGUUGUUUCACUCAGAAGAAAAGAUCAGGAUCUGGACUGUAUCUGGGUUUGUCUUCUUGUUGCUUCCGGGUUUCAGAAAAAGCUUAUCGAUGUGGGAACGCCAAUGAGCUUCUCUGUAAACCUUGAUGCCUUGUGUAUUUGUGGCUAAAGGAUAUCGGGGUUUGUUCAAAAAAGGGAACGAUUAUUCGAUCGGGUGAAAAUGGAGCGUAAUACCGAGAAUUGCCUUCCUACGGAAGACAAACCUCUCGAGCAUUCAAAGCAGGUCAAAUACAUGAAGAGCACGGUCGGAAAGCAUAGCGGAAACUCCACCACGUUUGUGAAUCAGGGUGCAAAGUUGUGGCAAGAGAACAGGAAAAAGUGGGUGGGAGACCAAUCCAGACGAAGAAAAACCGCAAAGGAUCCAAUCAUAAGCUGGUCCACGGCCUAUGAAGAUCUUCUCUCAACCCAUGAACCUUUCUCUCAGCCGAUCCCUUUACCCGAGAUGGUGGACUUCCUGGUCGAUAUAUGGUACGACGAAGGCCUCUACGAUUAGAUCGAAACAAGACAACGAGCCAUGAAGUUGUCGGAUUACAGCCAUCUGAAUCAAGACUCUGCAAAGAAAGUUUCAAGAUGAAAGCCUCUAUUUUUUUUAUAUUCUUUAUGUUGAUAGAUAUAAAAAUAAUCCCUUCAUUUUUGUAAUAGAUCUGGUUAGAUACAUGUUAUAAAUCAUCCCUUGUGUUUUACAUACCAAAGCUGAAAUAAGAACAAUCCAUGAGAACAA